UUGGGGAAAUUGUAACAAACAACGAAGAAAAACCCCAGUGAAGUGAGGCUUCAUUUCAUUACUCCCGUGCUCUCGUAUUGCUCUCUGAUCUCCUCCGAGAUGCCACCGAAAGCAGCAAAUAAAUCCAAGGAAGCAGCCGCCGAGAAGCCGAUUCUCGGUCGCUUUUCAUCUCACCUCAAGAUUGGAAUCGUAGGGAUGCCAAAUGUUGGCAAAUCUACUCUUUUUAACACGCUCACAAAAUUGUCUAUACCAGCAGAGAACUACCCCUUCUGUACCAUCGAACCCAAUGAGGCCCGAGUGUACAUUCCUGAUGAGAGGUUUAAAUGGCUUUGCCAGUUGUAUAAACCAAGCAGUGAGGUAGCAGCUUUUCUAGAAAUCCAUGAUAUUGCUGGGCUGGUUAAAGGCGCUCAUGAAGGUCAAGGACUUGGAAACAAUUUCCUGUCUCACAUUCGUGCGGUUGAUGGCAUUUUCCAUGUCUUACGUGCUUUUGAUGAUCCUGAAAUUACACAUGUUGAUGACACUGUUGAUCCUGUGAGGGAUCUAGAGACCAUUAGUCAAGAACUACGGCUCAAGGAUCUCGAGUUCAUGGCAAGAAGAUUAGAGGAUUUGGAGAAAAGCAUGAAGAGGAGCAAUGACAAGAAAUUAAAAAUAGAGCAUGAGUUGUCACUUAAGGUCAAAAGCUGGCUCGAGGAGAAAAAGGAUGUUCGUUUAGGAGAAUGGAAAGCUGCUGACAUUGAGAUAUUGAAUACUUUUCAAUUGCUGACCGCCAAACCUGUGGUUUACUUGGCAAAUGUGAGCGAGAGAGAUUAUCAAAGAAAGAAAAACAAGUUUCUUCCAAAGAUUCAUGCUUGGGUGCAGGAGCAUGGGGGUGAAAUUAUGAUCCCUUUCAGUUGUGUGCUAGAAAGAAAUCUUGCUGAUAUGCCUCCGGAUGAAGCUGCAAAAUAUUGCAAGGAGAAUGAGUUGCAAAGUGCACUCCCAAAGAUCAUCAAAACUGGAUUCUCGGCAAUCAAUCUCAUAUACUUUUUUACAGCGGGUCCUGAUGAAGUGAAGUGCUGGCAAAUUAGGCGUCAAACAAAGGCUCCCCAGGCUGCUGGAACAAUCCAUACUGAUUUUGAGAGAGGAUUUAUUUGUGCGGAGGUAAUGAAAUUUGAGGAUCUUAAAGAACUCGGUAGUGAAGCUGCUGUGAAGGCUGCAGGGAAGUAUAGACAGGAAGGAAAGAUGUAUGUUGUCCAGGAUGGAGACAUCAUCUAUUUCAAGUUUAAUGUAACUAAUGGAGCGAAGAAGUGAGAAACCAUCCCCGCUGAAAAUAAAAGAUUGGAUUCUUCAUCUAUAUAUAAAAGUCCAUAUGUGUUACUUCUUGUGAUUUCCAUUACUCGUCAUCUCUUGUAAUAUUUCAUGUUACUAAGUUGUGAUGUGAUGUUAUUCGUUAAUGUGAUCUCCUUACUCCUC